GUGGUGAUGAAGACUAAACAUGUACGUUUCACUUGCAGAAAACUGUCUGAAUACUUAAAAUUCGUUUUUUUUGUGAGGUAUUUAGGUCUCUUUUCCAUUGACCGUAAGUAUUGGCUACAUUAUCAAACCGAUCAACUCCUUCAUAAACAUUUCUUUACAGAUAGUUAGUUCGGCUCAUGAAUGUGCAGCAGUUGUCAGCUGAACUCAAGCCUGUCUGAUCUGAACUGAGCUGAUAUCUCUCUGUAUAAAUAAUGACUGACACUCAGCGCGAUGAAGAGUUGCGCCCGGUUCCGAAAGAGCGAGCCGUCCUCGAGAGUUUCUUCACCCAGCUCGGCAUGUGCUGGUUCGACAGGGCAAAGGAUUAUGUGGAGAAGGAGAAGGACGCCAGUAAGAGCGCUGGGGCCAUCUGGGUGGCAUUGCUGGCCGCCCUUGCCCACCUGGCAGCUGCAGAGAAAGCCUACCACAACAUGACUUUCCUCGGGCAGAAACUGGGUGGCCAGUCAUUCUUCAGCCGGAAGGAUUCUAUCAGGACCAUCUAUACGUCUCUGCAUAAUGAACUGAAGAAGGUGGUCUCCAUGGGCCGCCACACAUCCGGGGGAUCAACACUCAAUCUGGAAGAUCUGCUGUCGCAUUUGUCCGAGCAGCUCUGUCACUUCACUCAGGCCAGAAUGGAGAUCGCUGACUUCUACGAGAAGAUGCAUUCGCUUGGCAGCCAGAAGACAGUCAACUCUGAGGAGCUUGUGAGCACCCUGGAAACCAUUUUGCAGAAGUACAGUUCCAGAUUUUACCAUCCGAUCCUGAGCAGUCUUGAAAGCAGCUUUCAGGUUGAGGUGGACGUUUUGACGCAGCUUUUGCGAUGUCAGGCGCAGAUCUCAGAGUGGCACUUCCUUCCAUCUCUACUAAACCUGCAUGGGGCGCAUUCAAAACUGCAGGCGUGGGGCCAGGUUUUCGAACGCCAACGUGAGACCAGAAAAAAUCUUUUUGGAGGACAAUCGCAGAAGGCUGUGCAGCCACCACACCUGUAUUUGUGGCUACAGCGUCUCGAAGCGGCUCUCCUCGCCAAGUUCAGCUUCUAUUUCCACGAGACCCUCAGCCGCCAGACGUCUCAGUCCGAAAUGAAGACCCUGACGGCUCGCACCUCGUCCGAUUACUUCGGCAAGAUCUCCGGCUUCAUUCGCAAGCACGAUGCUUCCAAUGUCUCGUUGAUCUUUGACAACCGUGGCUCGGAGAGCUUUCAGGGACACGGCUACCAUCACCCACAUUCGUACCGUGAAGCCCCCAAAGGUGUGGACCAGUUUCCUGCUGUGGUGUCACUUCCAGGCGGGGAGAGACCAGUCACGCACUGGCCUAAUGUCAUCAUGAUUAUGAGCGACCGAUCCACUGAGCUGAACGCUCUGGAUAAGGUGGUCCACUUCUACGACGAUAAAGUCCAAAGCACUUACUUUUUAACAAGGCCUGAACCCCACUUCACUAUAGUGGUUAUCUUUGACGGGAGGAAAUCUGAGAGGGACUCACACAUUGUGGCAUUCUUACAGGAGUUAACAGGAUCUUUGAGAAACUCGAAACCCUUUACUACGCUCAAACCAGGGUCCAAGGGCUGAAGUUCAUAAUUAAAGCUCAUCAUUUCAGUAUUAGAAUAAUAAAUUGGUUGUCCAACCCAAAUAUAUAUAUUAUUUUAGAAAUUGCACAAUUACCUCAAUAUCAAUUCCCCUCACUUGCACAUCCCUGGUUAGCAUGUUUAAUACAUCACUGAUGUAAUUGUCUUUUAUGAUUUGUGCUGUUAAAACGGUUGUAGAAUAUAAACCUUUUAUCCCAUUUCACCUUUGAUGAAUAUUAAUGAGGUCCAAAUACUUCAUGAGCUCAAACAUUGCAGACCAAAGACAAAUAUCACAGUUGUUAUAGACAAUAAUGUUUGCCUCGUUUUUAAUUUGCUAUCUUCUAAUGGUUUAAAUUAGUUUUCUUGCCUUCCUGCUCAGCAAGUGGACGUGCUUUGCCAAAUGUGAAAGGGACUUAUUGCCAAUAAUUAUGAUUUUCCUUUUUAUUGUUAAUUUGCCAUGUGCAACACAUUUUAAUAAUAGCUAACCCUUUGAUUUUAACAUUUGAUUGAUUUAUCCAUUGUGUAGUUCUAACACUUACUGAAAUAAAGUUUUUA